UGUAAGCAUUUAGGGUUGAUCAUAUUACGCCUAACCUCAAUAUUCCUCAGAGUGAUCUGUUAAAGAUUUAUAAUUAUCAAUUAUUAGAUAUAAUAUUAAUUAGAAAAAAUAAUUAUCUGUGUUAGUUACAUGGAAACAGAAAAUUCUUACAUUCAAAGAGAAUACCUAUUCUUAACGCUUUAACCUUUUUAUUUUAAUUAUACGAAACGUUACAAUUGUAUAGAAAAAAUUAUAAAUUUACGACAAUGGCAUCUUCAUUUAUUUUAAGAACUUGUAAAAGGACAACAAAAAUUGGCACUCGUUUGCAAAAUUUUUCUUCCAACGUAAAUGAUAAGAAAAUGCCUGGUCAGCUGGAAGAAGUUGAAGGAAAGCGUGCCACUUUUGGCAUGGGAUGUUUCUGGGCUGGUGAUUCCCUCUUUGGAGCUUUACCCGGAGUUAUAAGGACUUCUGUUGGUUACUCAGGUGGUACCAAAGAGACACCGACAUAUAAAAAUAUGGGAGAUCAUACCGAAGUUAUCGACAUUGAAUUUGAUCCAGAUGUUGUGUCAUAUGCUCAAUUACUUAGUCUAUUUUGGAAUAAUCAUGAGUAUAGUUUAAUUACUAAAAUUAAGCGACAAUAUAUGUCGUUAAUUUUAUAUCACGAUGAAGAACAAAAAAUGAUUGCUGAGAAAUCUAAAGACCACGAACAACGCGAACGCAGAGAAACUUUUCUCACUGAGAUUAGACCGUUUGAAAAGUUUUAUCCUGCAGAAGAUUAUCAUCAAAAAUAUCGUCUUCAAAAUCAUCCAUGGUUGAUUGAAACUACUGGUCUUACAACUGGUGAAAUAUUACGUUCUUCUUCUUUAGCAGCUAAACUAAACGGGUAUAUAGCAGGGGCUGGAACGUUAGAACAAUUUGAAAAAGAUUUACCAAAUCUUGGACUUAGUGAGAAAGCUGCACAAUAUUUAAAAAAAUAUGUUAUUAAAAAUCAAGGAACUGGUCUAUAUUGCUAGCUUAUUUAAAGAAAUGAAUUGAAAUGAAUUUUACUGAGCAGGUGUAGACUGACGAAAUUAAUUCCUUUCUACAAGGAAAUCUGUUGCUUAAUUUAGUAUAAUUUAUAAAUUUUUAUUAUUAAAUUGUUUAAUUAAUAGAUACACACAAAAUGUUUUUUCUGUUAAAAUUUAAUAUGAAGUAUUUAUUAUAAAGUUUAGAUAAUAGUAUUAUAUAAAAUCACUUUUUAUUUUGGUUUUUAUAUCAUGUUGUGUAAGAUAUAGUUAGUUAAAUUUACUAAACGUUACAUAGUUCUGUGCAUAUUACAAACGUCUUCUUUUCAUAUAUAUAAAUAUGAAUGAUAUUUCAUAUAUUUAGUUAUUUUACAUCUACAGUAUUAUUCAUACUUCUAUCGAGAAUAUAAGAAUAAAAAAAGAGUACUAUCAUUGAGAUUAUAAAUGUAAAUAUGACUUAUUUACAUAAACAACAAAAACCA